UAUUUUGAAAGCCGAUUGUCGUCAUCGCGAACACGUUUCUUUGACGCGGUGUGUCGUAGCCGUUUGACGUUAUGUGGAAAGUAGCAAUGUCGGAUGAGGUUGGGAAGGCGAUACAGUCGGUGAUAGAGCGGGUGAACCAGGCGGCGGCACGGCGGCCCAAGACGGUGCCCGCUGUGCCGCCCCGCCUCGUCGCCGUGAGCAAGACCAAACCUCCAGAGAUGGUCGUGAAGGCCUACAGACAAGGGCAGCGCAACUUUGGAGAAAAUUAUGUUAACGAACUUGUGGACAAAGCUUCAGAUCCUCUGAUUUUAGAGUCAUGUCCAGAAAUCAAGUGGCACUUCAUUGGACAUCUACAGAAGCAUAACAUCAAUAAGCUUUUGGGUGUGCCCAACCUGUUCCUCGUGGAGACAAUCGACUCUGUGAAACUGGCCGAUAAAGUCAACAGCUCGUGGCAGCGUCUCCGUGGAGCCAGUGCGCAGAGGUUAAAGGUCAUGGUGCAGAUUAACACCAGCGGAGAACAGAGUAAACACGGGCUGCCGCCAGAGGAGGCGGUGAACACCGUAAAGCACAUCGUGUCCCAGUGCUCCGCCUUGCACUUCUCAGGACUCAUGACCAUUGGGCGCUACGGCUACGACCUCACUCUGGGGCCCAACCCCGACUUUCAGAUGCUGCUCAGCCGGAGGCAGGAGGUGUGUGACAGUCUGAAGCUGCCUCUGGAGGUUGUGGAGCUCAGUAUGGGGAUGUCAACAGACUUUGAACACGCGAUUGAAGUGGGCUCCACCAACGUCCGAGUGGGUAGCAUCAUAUUCGGCAACAGGGAGUAUCCCAACAGCGCAGCGAACACUCCCAAUCCCAGUCCAGCUCCCAGUCCGGGUCACAGUCCGGGUCCGAGUCCAGCUCCCAGCCCGGAGAAAACAUCCAAGAUGGUGUCAGAAGAAGCUGCCAAGAAGAUGCAGCAUCUCACCGUGUCUUAGGACGAGCGCCUGCCGCUCUCAGAUACCUUUAAGAAGAAAACACGCAGGUGGAGCGGCGUCGAGGCAGCCGCGUGGAGUUAGGAUUGCAAAAUUUUGCAUAAUUUUGAUGUGUAUUUGCCCAAUCCUCUUCGCUCUUUGUGUGCCCUCGUUUGCUUUUCUUAAGCAUUAACAAGCGGCAUUCAGUACAGAGAUAGUUAAAGCCUUUUUAAAAGUAGUGUGUUACUAACCUGCUGUGCUCCAACUUCCUCUUCAUGGCAAAUUGUCCUACAGGUUUACUGACGACGGCAUUUUCUACCUUUACGAUCUAACAUGUGACCGUGUCCCUUCCAGAUCAGAUUUCCGUGCAGUACAAUGUACGAUUCUUGUUGCACAGAUGAGGCAAGACUUGAUUUAAAAAAAAUAUUUAACCCUUUAUAAAGACACAUAGCGUUUGUUUCGUACUGUGUGAGAAACACGUCAGAUCUCUAUUCUUGAUAUUAACAAACGCGACUAAAAAGGAAGUGUUCUGUUCUGUUCGAAGUCCGUGCUAUGGUGUGGUAACUGUUGGACGUGCGAGAGUGAACCUAUGCAACGUGGGUUUUUUGUUCACGGUGGUUCCUUUUAGGAUGUCACAGGGUUAGUGUGUGUUUCUGUCUUAUGCGUUCAGUGUCAGUGAUUGUAAUGAUCAGUCGACUUGUGGUUGCUGUCCUAACGAGGUGUUUUGGUUUGGAAUCUGGCUCCGAGGGAAGCAAUAAAAUUUUACUGUUGAAAUCUC